CCUUCCAUGGUCAAUAAUGAACAACGCCAACAUGCUGAGCACAUAUUCUUAUCAUUUAGAAAAUCAAAAUCACCAUUUGCUGUUUGCAAACACAUUUUGGAAACAAGUAAAGUGGACUAUGUCCUUUUUCAAGCUGCUACAGCGAUAAUGGAAGCAGUUGUAAGAGAAUGGAUUCUCCUGGAAAAAACUAGCAUUGAAUCACUGCGAACAUUCCUUCUAACCUAUGUCUUACAAAGGCCUAACCUUCAAAAGUACGUGCGGGAGCAGAUUCUGUUAGCAGUAGCGGUGAUAGUGAAACGGGGAUCACUAGACAAAUCAAUCGACUGCAAAAGCAUUUUUCAUGAAGUCAGCCAGUUGAUCAGCAGUGGUAACCCCACUGUGCAAACUUUGGCCUGUUCCAUUUUAACGGCGUUGUUGAGCGAGUUCUCAAGUUCAAGUAAAACCAGCAACAUUGGACUAAGCAUGGAGUUCCAUGGUAACUGUAAACGUAUAUUUCAGGAGGACGACCUGCGGCAGAUCUUCAUGCUCACAGUAGAGGUGCUUCAGGAAUUCAGCAGACGUGAAAACCUCAAUGCUCAGAUGUCUUCAGUGUUUCAGCGUUAUCUUGCACUAGCCAAUCAGGUCUUAAGCUGGAACUUCCUUCCUCCAAAUUUGGGCAGACAUUAUAUAGCUAUGUUUGAAUCCUCACAAAAUGUGAUGCUAAAGCCAACAGAAUCCUGGCGUGAGACCCUCCUGGACAGCAGAGUAAUGGAACUUUUCUUUACAGUACAUCGAAAAAUCAGAGAAGACACAGAUAUGGCCCAAGAUUCAUUGCAGUGUCUGGCACAGCUGGCAUCUUUGCAUGGGCCAGUCUUUCCUGAUGAAGGUUCACAAGUUGAUUACCUGGCACACUUCAUUGAGGGAUUACUGAAUACUAUCAAUGGAAUUGAAAUAGAAGACUCUGAAGCAGUGGGAAUUUCCAGUAUUAUCAGCAACCUGAUAACUGUAUUUCCUCGCAAUAUUUUAACUGCCAUUCCAAAUGAACUUUUCUCUUCAUUUGUGAACUGCCUCGCACAUCUCACCUGUUCCUUUGGAAGGAGUGCUGCCUUGGAAGAAGUGCUUGACAAAGAUGACAUGGUAUAUAUGGAGGCAUAUGAUAAGUUGCUGGAAUCUUGGCUUACUUUGGUACAAGAUGACAAACAUUUCCAUAAAGGUUUCUUUACCCAACAUGCUGUUCAGGUCUUUAAUUCCUACAUUCAGUGCCAUCUAGCUGCUCCUGAUGGUACAAGGAAUUUGACUGCCAAUGGUGUGGCCUCUCGGGAAGAAGAAGAAAUAAGUGAACUGCAGGAAGAUGACAGAGACCAGUUCUGUGACCAGUUGGCCAGUGUAGGCAUGCUGGGGAGAAUUGCUGCAGAGCACUGCAUACCUCUUCUUACAAGCUUAUUAGAGGACCGAGUGACAAGGCUCCAUGGUCAGUUACAAAGACAUCAGCAGCAAUUACUUGCCUCACCAGCAUCAGGCUCAAUUGACAAUAAAGUGCUUGAUGACUUGUAUGAGGAUAUUCAUUGGCUUAUUUUAGUCACAGGCUACCUCUUGGCUAAUGAUACUCAGGGAGAGACUCCGCUAAUACCUCCAGAAGUAAUGGAAUAUUCCAUUAAACAUUCAGCUGAGGUUGACAUUAAUACAACGCUUCAGAUUCUGGGAUCUCCAGGAGAAAAGGCCUCUUCCAUUCCAGGGUACAACAGAACUGAUUCUGUAAUUAGGUUGUUAUCUGCUAUUUUAAGAGUGUCAGAAGUAGAGUCCAGAGCAAUAAGGGCAAAUCUCACACACCUCCUGAGCCCUCAGAUGGGCAAAGAUAUUGUCUGGUUCCUCAAGCGCUGGGCAAAGACUUACCUCCUAGUAGACGAAAAGCUGUAUGAUCAGAUAAGUCUGCCAUUUAGUACAGCAUUUGGUGCUGAUACAGAGGGUUCCCAGUGGAUUGUGGGUUACCUUUUAGAAAAAGUGAUCAGUAACCUGGCAGUAUGGAGUUCAGAGCAGGACCUUGCAAAUGAUACUGUACAACUGCUAGUAACAUUAGUGGAAAGGAGAGAGCGGGCAAACUUAGUGAUUCAGUGUGAAAACUGGUGGAAUUUAGCUAAACAAUUUGCAAGGCGAAGCCCUCCUCUUCACUAUUUGUCCAGUUCUGUACAGAGAACACUAAUGAAAGCUUUAGUUUUAGGAGGUUUUGCUCAUAUGGAUACAGAAACAAAACAACAAUACUGGACAGAGGUUCUUCAGCCACUUCAGCAGCGAUUCUUGAAUGUGAUAAACCAAGAAAACUUCCAGCAGAUCUGUCAGGAGGAGGAAGUGAAACAAGAAAUCACUGCUACAUUAGAAGCACUCUGUGGCAUCGCUGAGGCUACCCAGAUUGAUAACGUAGCAAUUCUCUUCAAUUUUCUAAUGGACUUCCUUAAUAAUUGCAUUGGAUUAAUGGAAGUAUACAAAAACACACCAGAGACUGUUAAUCUCAUAAUAGAAGUCUUUGUUGAAGUUGCACAUAAACAAAUUUGCUAUCUUGGAGAGGCCAAAGCCAUGAACUUGUAUGAGGCCUGCCUAACUCUGCUGCAGGUGUAUUCCAAGAAUAAUCUAGGUCGUCAACGGAUAGAUGUUACAGCAGAAGAAGACCAGUACCAAGAUCUCCUCCUCAUUAUGGAGCUUCUCACUAAUCUUCUAUCAAAAGAGUUCAUAGAUUUCAGUGAUACAGAUGAAGUGUUUAGGGGACAUGAGCCUGGGCAAGCUACAAGUAGAUCUGUAUCGGCAGCAGAUGUUGUCUUAUAUGGGGUUAAUCUAGUUCUGCCUCUAAUGUCCCAGGAUCUGCUGAAGUUUCCAUCCCUGUGUAAUCAAUAUUACAAAUUAAUCACUUUCAUCUGUGAGAUAUUCCCUGAGAAAAUUCCACAACUUCCAGAGGACCUCUUUAAGAGCCUAAUGUACUCGCUGGAGUUAGGGAUGUCAUCAAUGAGUUCAGAGGUGUGCCAGCUUUGUCUGGAGGCUGUAACGCCAUUAGCAGAACAGUGUGCAAAAGCACAAGAAACAGAUUCAACCCUUUUUCUAGCAACAAGGCACUUUCUUAAGAUGGUCUUUGAUAUGCUGGUUCUUCAGAAGCACAACACAGAAAUGACAACUGCAGCAGGUGAAGCAUUCUACACGUUAGUGUGUUUGCACCAGGCCGAAUAUUCAGAGCUAGUUGAAACGCUGCUAUCAACUCAGCAGGACCCAGUAAUUUACCAGCGGUUAGCAGAUGCCUUCAACAAGCUGACGGCGAGCAGCACGCCUCCUACACUGGACCGUAAGCAGAAGAUGGCCUUCCUAAAGAGUUUAGAAGAAUUUAUGGCAAAUGUUGGUGGACUUCUCUGUGUGAAAUAAACAACAAAACUCUAUGCCUAAUUAAGACCCUUUCUGCAAAAUGCACUGAGAAAUGCUGAAUGCUGACUAAAUCUUGUACCUGUCUCUGGGUUCUUGGCAGCCAUCUCAGACUCUAGAGAGCCUGGAAGUAUGAACAUAACACAACGGAACAGGAGAGGUCAGCUUUGAAACAGCUUCUGCUAUUAUGUGUUAGCUGCAAUCUGUCAUACUUGUGUGUGGGAGAGAGAGAACAGAAAAUCUGAAUUUAAAUUUUUUCCAUAUAUGUGCAAACACAUAUGGGCACAAUGAAAAAUGAAUGCAGUGCCUUCCCCCCUGCACUGGUUUAAAAUAUGAGUGGCCAGAUAAACAUACAGAUUUCUUUUCUACCCAAAAUCAUGUUAGUGUGAUGCAGAUACAUAUAAAGCCCUAAACAGUUUAGCUGGUUUUAAGCUUUAUUUUUCCUCUCUUGAAGUUUGAGUUCAUGUUCCAAUGGGGA